AUGCCGGGACGUCGGUCGAAGUCGGAGAAGAAAGAUGACGACGAGAAGCAGCUCCGGCGUGACCCGUAUGAAGUCCUUGGCGUUAAUCGGAACUCCACCGAUCAGGAGAUUAAAUCGGCUUACCGGAAAAUGGCUCUCAAGUUUCAUCCAGACAAGAAUGCUAAUGAUCCCAAAGCAGCUGAUAUGUUCAAAGAGGCUACCUUUUCUUAUAAUAUCUUGGCGGAUCCUGAGAAACGGCGUCAGUACGACUCAUCUGGAUUUGAGGCCGUUGAGUCAGAUAACCAAGAGUUAGAGUUGGAUCUUUCAAGUUUGGGUGCUGUCAACACGAUGUUUGCUGCACUUUUUAGCAAACUUGGGGUACCAAUCAAGACAACUGUAUCUGCGACUGUUUUGGAAGAGGCACUCAAUGGGUUAGUUACAAUUCGCCCACUUCCAUUGGGAGAGUUCAUAUCUAAAAGGGUUGAGAAGCAGUGUGCACAUUUUUAUUCAGUUACAAUAACAGAAGAGGAAGCAAGAGCUGGAUUUGUUUGUCGAGUACAAUCAUCAGACAAAAGCAAGUUCAAGUUAUUAUAUUUCGACCAGGAAGACAACGGUGGCUUUAGUCUUGCGCUCCAGGAAGACAGUGCAAAAAAUGGAAAGUUUACUUCUGCUGGAAUGUAUUUUCUUGGCUUUCCUGUUUAUCGGCUAGAUCAAACAAUGAACUCCAUAGCUGCUGCCAAGGAUCCAGAUACUUCAUUCUUCAAAAAGCUUGAUGGGUUCCAGCCCUGUGAAUUAACUGAAUUGAAGGCUGGUACCCAUACAUUUGCGGUUUAUGGCGACAACUUUUUCAAAAGUGCAAACUAUACAAUAGAAGUCCUGUGUGCUGCACCUUUUAAUGAAGAAAAAGAAAAUUUAAGAAAUGUAGAAGCUCAAAUUUUGUCUAAAAGAGCAGAAAUAUCAAAGUUUGAGUCAGAAUAUCGAGAGGUUCUUGCACAAUUCACAGAAAUGACAAGCAGAUAUGCACAUGAAAUGCAAACGAUUGACGAACUAUUGAAACAGAGAAAUGAAAUACAUGCCUCGUACACGGUUGUUCCUUUAAAACGGAGUGGUAGCAGCAAGGGCAGAAGUAGAACAUCUUCAAAGGAGUCAAAAGAAGAUGGUGAAGCAAGAGAAAAGAGGAGUACAAGAGAACGACCAAGGAAGAAAAAAUGGUAUAAUCUCCACUUAAGAGUUGACAAGAGAAAGGCUUGCUAA